AUGGAGCCAGUGUUGUCCAAGCAUCAUCGGAAUAUCUCCAGGUCUUCUCGGCCCCGCAGCUCGACGAGGAAUCCUUUAGAUGCAUCAGACGAUCCUCUCGCCUUCUCUGGAUUCCCCACCUCGCCUAUCAAACACACAUCAAUGCUUGCUGCCAACGACACCUUUUCUGGGGCAUCAUUUUACGAGUUAGAUCCGCUUGCGCCAGACAAUCUACCCGAAGCUCAAGGGAAAGACCUUUCAUUUCUUCUCCGGCACAAUGUUUUCCAUACACUCUCUCAUCUUGAGAUCCCUCCGCCAUUACGAUCCGAAUUCCUCAUACUCAACCUAGGCGAACCUCUAUCGGCUUCUCUGAGCAUCCUCGAAAAGCUACUAGCGGAGGGUCGAUUCCUCAUCGCAGCACAUUUCUCUGCUUCCAUCUUGACCUCGUCUUUAGUAGCUCCGACGGAUGUCAAAAUCAUCUUCUCGCUGUUCUACACGCGCCUCGCCUGUCUAGAGCUGUCGGGCAAUACAGUUCUCGCAGCACAGGAAUCGAAAGCGCUGGAAGAUCUGAGCUCGGUAUUCUAUUAUAUCGAUCGCAAGCUUGAAUCCACUGGGACCAAUAACGAUGAAGACCCUGGCCAUGAAACUGCUGAUGCCCAAGAUCCUCGUCAUAUUGUCCCUUGGCCGCUCCGCGUAUUGGCGGUGAGACUACAGAGUAUUGGCUUUGGUGAUUCCCGCAGAAGCAUUGGGGGUCUGUACGAAAUUGGGCUCGAAGCACGUCGAGAGAUCAUGAGAAAAGAAGCUACCGAAGCUGAACGAGAGUUAUGGAGGCAGAGAUUGGCAGAUCUUGGAGUCAGAAGUGUAAAUGCCCUCAUCGAGAUGGGCGAUUUCGAUACAGCGAGGCGAUCACUCGAAAAUCUUCGCGUGUCUGGGCCAGAGACAGACAUGACAAAAUUGAGGAAAGCACUUUUGCUUUUGCGCAUUGGUGAUCUGGACGCAGCAAGCCAAGUCUUUGGUGAUACCAAUGAAUCAAAAGAGGCUGCUUUAUUGAAGCCUCUCAUAAGCAUGUCAGAUGGUCGCUAUUCCGAUGCAGUGGCUGAGUGGCGCAUUCUGCUAGAAGAUCGAACAAGGGCAGACGGGGCUCUGGUAGCUCAAAAUGUGGCUGUCUGUCUGCUGUACACUGGAAAACUGGACGAGGCUCGUCAGCUCCUGGAGAGCCAAGUUUCAUCUAACCACUCGUUCGGUAGUUUGAUUUUCAAUCUGUCGACGGUCUAUGAGCUUUGUUCCGACAAGGCACCUCACAUGAAGGGGCAGCUGGCUGAAACAAUAUCGAAACAUCCUGUCACCGGACAGACCAAUUUAGAUCGGCCAAUUUCAGACUUGAAGUUAUAA